GCCUGGCCGGCGGGACCAUGUCGGGCGCGGCGGGCUCCGGUGCGGGGGCCGCGGGCUCGGUGGGUUCGGUGGUGCGGCGCUUCCUGGCGGAGUACGGCAGCGGCACGCCGAGCCGCCUCAAGGUGCUGGACGCCUACCUCCUCUAUGUGCUGCUCACUGGGGCGCUCCAGUUCGGCUACUGUCUCGGCGUCGGCACCUUCCCCUUCAACUCCUUCCUCAGCGGCUUCAUCUCCGCCGUCGGCAGCUUCAUCCUCGGCGUUUGCCUCCGGAUCCAGAUCAACCCCCAGAACAAAGGCGAGUUCCAAGGCAUUUCACCGGAACGGGCAUUUGCUGAUUUCCUCUUUGCCAACACCAUCCUCCAUCUUGUUGUCAUCAAUUUUGUUGGCUGAGCUCUAGAAGAGACUGUGAGGUCUUUAACUGCUCUUGAGCUCUGAUGCCAAAGCCUGGCAUUGGGAAGUGCUGUUCCCCAGCAGACUCUUCCCUACUUUCUUCAUGGAGGAAGGGGACGCAGGGCUCAAGAUUUUUCCCUACAGACAGUCCUAUGGAGGGGUCUGCUGCCUCAUUACAGUUACUGUAACCCUUUCCGUCAAUAAAACCCUGUAUAAUACUGCAGUCUUUUCCCUAUUGGUGACAAAUGCAGAGGUUCUUCUGACACCCAAGUUCCCUCUCAGGCACGACUCCCUGUUUUUACCCCGCUUCUUCCCUUUCUACCUAGCAGGCUUUUUUUC